AAAACCAACUUCGUGGGGUUAACAGCACUCCCAACAAUUCGAAGUGUAAGAGGCGCAUUAAGAUUUUGGCACACAGAAUCUGGAAUCCUAUCUAUGUAGUCACUUUGUUCUAAACACGGACAUUAAGAAGCUUCAAAGGCGCUGACAUUUGCAUUGUUGAAUCCGUUACUUAUGCUCCUAAGGAAGACCUUUACACUUGUUUUUCUAUUACCCGUUUAUUAUAAUUGUGAAGGUGCAGUUGAGACCGGUUCUAUCACUGAGGUAUACGGUGAAUUUCGAUCUGUAAGUACUAUAUGACGAGGUGGUUCUGUGACCUUUGUUCCGGUGUUGCCCUAUCUAUCUAAGUCUGCAAGUGCAAGGAGAUUGCGCUGUACUUUUUCUCAUUUAAAUUUGAACAAAAAUUAAAAUGUCAACCAUAAACAAGGACCAGAUCAUGGAUGAAUCGAACUGUUCAGAAACCGAAGUACUGGAUGAGAUUAAAGAAGAGGAGGAAGAUGAAGACUUACAGAAGCUUCUAGUCCCUGACGUGCAGAAUCUUCCCAUCACUCCUCCUUCCGCCGUUGAAUCCAACUUUGCCACUUUCUUCGCCAUAGAUUUUAUGAAACCAGCUCACGAUCAGUACGUUUACCGGCACGCCAAUGGCUUGUGUGUGAUUGGGUUGGCUCCUUCCCACGUUGCUUUCAAGGAUGAAGGUGGAAUCACAGCCGUUGAUUUCAAUGUUGGGAAGUCUGAUCGCAGUGAGAUGAAAGUCACUGGAAAGCGGAAGAAGAAUGCACAACACUUUGAGUCCAACACUGCUCUGUGUAAAAUUUCUACCAAAAAUGAUACUUAUAUUGUAAGAUGUUGCGUCAAAGGCUCCCUCUUGGAAGUGAAUCAACAAUUGAUCAAGCAACCAGAACUGCUUAAUGUUUCGGCUGAUAGAGAAGGAUAUAUUGCUAUUAUUAUGCCAAAACCUGCCGAUUGGCUCAAGGUCAAGGCUUCCCUUGUUAGCCUUCAGGAGUACAAGAAAUUGAAGGAAGUUAGUUGAAUAAGUAGCGUACCCACUAAGAACGGUGUCAUAUUGAAAGAGCUUGCAUGAUUUUCCAGCAUGAUGCUUCAUUAGAGGGGUUCCAAAUGCGACAAACUGGAUGAAAUUGAAACAUUGUUUAUGUGCAGAAGACGGUGAGAAACCUCUUGCAGAAAUGGCUGGAUGAUUACAUAAUUCUCUCAACUCCACGAGAAACCAAGAAUCUCAUGAUAUUGGAGCUACUCUGCGAGGAAUUUGGAUUCUCUGCUGGAUUUUUUUUCACUGUUCUUGU